AUGCUAAGUUUAGCUAAACGGGCCAAGGCCCAAAAUUCAACAAAACAAAAGGAGGGGGGUAGUAUCGUCAUUUCACAAGAAACUGUAGAGCAUUUUCACCUGGGCGAAGUCGCAGAAGCAGAAAGGGACAAGAAACUCCAGAAAAAAAGGAAGUUUGGAUCCGUUUCAAGCCCAACUACCCGAUCCGAUUUGGACGACGACACGCUUCUGUGCUCCAACAAUGGCUUCUUUCAUGCUGUCCUUGUGGUAGCAGCAAGAACAUGUCCACUGGGAAUAGAAGCCACAGUUUUUCCAACUCUCAUGUCUUAUAGCAACGGAGGGAGCCUUCUUGGAAGUCUGAUGAAAACCAGAUCUCAGCUCAAAAGAGAGCUCAGACAUAGCAAUGAAAUCAAUUUAAGUCUCAUCCUCGCUUCUUCCCCACCAAAACAGAAGAAUUUUUGCAACAACUGUAGAUAUUUUGAAAAACUUUCUUGUCACACAAUUAAAACAAUUCAUAGAUUGCCGAACAUUGCUGCCGACCAGAAUCAAAUAGUCUUGUAGAUUGUGACAUUGAUGAACGCUAUAUCUGGCGCACAUAGACCUUUCCAUUUGGAUAUGGACAUGGCUUUGUGCAUCAUCAAGGGACCCAAAGAAACGUCUCAUGUGGUUGGCGGAUUCUGCAGUCCACAUGGUGGGUCCUGUUUUUUUGCCACAUACUCUCAUUCCUAUCCCAAUUUCAUUAACCAGAAAAAGCUUCCUUAUGAGUCGUCAAACCAGCCAGAAACCUGCCCAAGGUGCUAGGCAGCUACCAUUCAAUAGUACUACUGGAUUUUAUUGCAUGCUCCUAUUUUUCUGCUUUAGAUGUAUGUUUGUGUUCUAAGACUCAUUCUUAGGAGAGACUGUUCUGAAGCCCACCGUUGUUUUCUUUGGAUUUUCUUUUCGGACUUUUUUCAAAGUUUUUAAAACGUAUUUAGAGGUUUCUACACCCUUAUAAAGAAUGUUUUAUUUUCCUUCCCAACUGACGUGGAUCUCUCAAUAACGAGCAUUCUGCCAUUUUUUGAUUUGAUAUGAGUUAGAACAAAAGAAACCGGGAGAGGAAGGGGAAUGCAUGUGGGUUGCCAUGUGAAGAUUGCAUUGUUCAUUAAUUUCUUGAACAAACUUCACCUAACCCCAUAAUAAUAAUUAUCUUUCAAAAUAAAAUAUUCUCAUAUUCCUCAUCUAAUUUAAAGUAUGCCCAUUU